CCCUGAUCUUCCAACGUCGUCUCGUCUUCCGGAUCACAAGUCAGUUCCUAUCCGACGAAAGACCAAUUGAACCGCACUUCGAGUCCAUCAACUCAUAAUGUCGGGCAAACACCCAAUCCAUAUCCACCCCGUACGACCCCUCUACCGCUUUGCCGCGACCGGAUUGGGAGCGAGCAUGUGGUUCUUCUUAAUGUAUCGCGCGAAGAAAGACGGACCUGCGUUACUGGGCUGGAAGCAUCCUUGGGAACACUGAACGGAGCAAGAGCUGGGCGGAUGAUAUAGGAAUCCGAGGGAAUGGUAGCCGGCCCAUGUCAAUUGUAACGGACGAUUUGGAUGCCCCACCUUGGCCGGUUGUCGU